CCAGACCCAUGAUGGCUGCCCUGCCUCUAAGGCCCAUGGUCAACAACGGUACUGUCCUACCAAAGAAAAGUGGUGGCACGUUACCGGCCCUCUCCGGCUCUAGGAAGGAUGCUGCUGCACCAGCAACCAAGAGGUAAACACAACUCAAAUCCCUCCCAUUACCUUUUGGUAGGCCUAAGGUUUUCCUGACCACGUGACCCGAUUUAGGGUCAGUUUAUGAGACAUAGGGUCAGUUAAUGAGAAAUAGGGUCAGCUUAUGAGGUAUCUUUCAACAGUAUUUUUCUUGCUUUGAGUAAAACCAACCUUAGUGUUUUAGUGUUGGCUUAUUGAUCCUAUGAAAACAGUAAUGACUGUGUUCCACGCUGACAACCACAUUUUGGUCUGGUUUGCUUCCAGCUGCUAGUAUGAAUAUUUGAACGUAGUCAAAGUAAAUUGUACCCUAAAGCUCAAUACGUGCACACUAUUGAAAUACACAUUUCUACCUCAACAUAGGAAAUCAUCACACCUGUGGUGUGUUUAUUUGAUUAGUCCACUAAGUCGACACAUUAUGUCUCCUACAACCCACAUUAUGUCUCCUACAAACCCACAUUGUCUCCUACAAACCCACAUUAUGUCUCCUACAAACCCACAUUAUGUCUCCUACAAACCCACAUUAUGUUCCUACAAACCCACAUUAUGUCUCCUACAAAAACCCCUUAAAUUCUCCCACAACCACUUAUUCCCCCCAAACCCACAUUAUUUCCCCCCAAACCCCCCAUUUUGUCCCCUACAAACCCCCUUUGUCGCUACAACCCCCUUAUGUCCCCCAAACCCCAUUAUGUCCCUCCACAAAAACCCCCCCUUAUUCUGCACAAACCCCAUUGUCUCUACAAACCCACUUUGUCUCCUACAAAACCCCCCCUUUUCCCUACAAAACCCCCUUUUUCUUCCCACAAAACCCCAUUAUUUCUCCCACCCCCCAUUGUCUCCCUACAACCCCUUGUCUCCUACAAACCCCCCUUUUGUUUUCCACAAAACCCCCAUUUUUCUACAAACCACAUUUUUCUCUUUAAAAAACCCCAUUUUCCCCUCAAACCCAUGUCGUACAAAACCCACAUUUUCUCUUACAAACCCACAUUAUGUCUCCUACAAACCCACAUUAAUUUCCCCACAAACCCUUUUGUCUGCUACAACCCACUUGUCCCUAACCCACAUUAUGUCUCCUACAAACCCACAUUAUGUCUCCUACAAACCCACAUUAUGUCUCUACAAACCCACAUUAUGUCUCCUACAAACCCCUUGUCUCCCCACAAAACCCCAUUGUCUCCUACAAAACCCCCAUUUGUCUCCCUUUCAAAACCCACUUAUUCUCCCAAACCCUUAUUUCUGCACAAACCCAUUGUCCCCUACAAACCCCUUUGUCCUACAAAACCACAUUAUUCUCUACAAACCCCCAUUAUUCCCUACAAACCCCUUUGGUCCUACCAACCCACAUUUGUCUCCCCAAACCCCAAUUUUUCUCUUAAAAACCCCAAAAAUUUUCUCCUACAAAACCCAUUUGUCUCCUACAAACCCCAUUUUGUCUCCUACAAACCCCCAAAAUUAGUCUGCUACAAACCCCCCAUUUUCUCUUACAAACCCACAUUAGUUUCCCACCAAACCCCAUUUGCUCCUACAAACCCCAUUAUGUCUGCUCAAACCCACAUUGUCCCCCCAAACCCACAUUAGUUCCCACAAACCCCCAUUAUGUCUCCCACAAAACCCUUAUUCUCAAAACCCCCAUUUCUUUACAAACCCCUUAUGUCGCUACAAAACCCACAUUAAAUUUUCUUUUCAAAACCCAAAAUUUUUCUCCUACAAACCCUUAUGUCCUCAAAACCCCCAUUAUUCCCUACAAAAACCCCCAUUUGUCUCUAAACCCCUUAUUCUCCUACAACCCACAUUAGUCUCCACCAACCCAAUUUGUCUCCUACCCCCAUUUGUCUGCUACAAACCCCCUUAUUUCUCUCAAAACCCCAAAUUAUGUCUCCUACAAACCCCCCAUGUCUCUACAAACCCAAAUUAUGUCCUAAAACCCACAUUAUGUCCCCCUACAACCCACAUUAUUUUCUACAAACCCCACAUUAUGUCCCCCACAAACCCACUUAUUCCUACAAACCCCAUUGUCCACAACCCCUUAUCUCUUUCAAACCCCCCAAAUUUUUCUCCUACAAAACCCCCAUUUGUCUGCUACAAACCCACUUAUUUCUCCUACAACCCAAUUAAAAUUCUCCCACAAACCCAAAUUUUUCUCUACAAACCACAUUAGUCCCUACAAACCCCCAUUAUUUCUCCUACAAACCCCAUUUAUCUCCUACAAACCCACUUAUUCUCCUACAAAACCCCUUAUGUCCCCUACAAAACCCCCAUUAUGUCCUCCCAAACCCAUUAUGUCUCCUCAAAAAAACAUUUUCUCCUACAAACCACAUUAUUCUCCUACAAACCCCAUUAUGUCCCCCCCUACAAACCCACUUAGUCUCCUACAAACCCACAUUUCUCACAAAACCCCCUUAUGUCUCUCAACCCACAUUUUUCUCCCACAAACCCCUUAUGUCCCUACAAACCCCCUUAUGUCUCUACAAAACCCCCCAUUUGUCUCCUACAACCCCCAUUUUUCCCGCUAAAAACCCCUUAUGUCCCCCUCCAAACCCCGGGCCCCUCAAACCCACAAAGCCCACAAACCCCAAUUUUUUUCCCCCAAACCCCCAAAGCCCACCCCCCAAUUAUUUUUCCCUAAACCCCCAAAACCCACAAAAAAAUUCCAAACCCCAAACCCCCCACAAAAACCCCCAACCCACAAAAACCACAAAAAAAAAACCCCCAAAAGACAAACCCAAAAAACUCCUAAACCCAAAAACCCACAAACCCACAUUUUUUUAAACCCCCCAUUAUUCUCUAAAAACCCUUUAGUCUCCAAAAACCCAAAAACCCUAAAAACCCCCCCAAACCCCCAAAAAAAACCCCCAAAAACCCCCCAAAAAACAAUUUCUUUCAAAACCCCAUUUUGCCCUCCCCCUUUCCUAAAACCCAACCCACAAACCCCCCAAAAGGGCCCCUUUUUUCCUCAAACCCCUUUGUCCCUACAAAACAAGGCCCCAAACCCCCCUUUUGCUUACAAAACCCACGCUCUCAAACCCCUUAAGCUCCCUACAAAAGUCUCCUACAAACCCUUUUUCCACAAACCCCCCAAAAUUUUUCCCUUUUCCCCCCCCCUUUUGUCUUCCCCAAACCCCCCCCCAAAACAUUAUGUUUUAAAAAAAAUUUUUUAAAACCCCAAUUAAAUUUUAAAAUUAGUUCCCCCAACCCCCAAUUUUUUAACAAAACCCCCAAUUCCUACAAAACAUUUGGCUUAAAACCCCUUAUGUCUCCCCCAAAAAUGUUUAAACCAAAGCCCUCAAAACCCUUUCCCCACAACCACAACCCACAAAACCCAAACCCAAAAAACCCCAUUAGCCCACAAAACAGUCGCACAAAAACCCCCUUUGUCCCACAAAACCCAAAAGUCCCCCCAACCCCACAAAAACCCCCGGGGGUUUCCUUUUCGAACCAAAAUUUUAAAAUUCACCCCCCUUUUCCCCAAAAACUUUUUUAACUGGGAAAACAAAAAUGCUUAACCCCCAAUCCACCCCAAAAAGGCCAAAAAAACCCCCAACCCAAACCCCAAAAAAAGGGCCAAACCCCAACGUCAAACCAAAAAGGGCUCCUCCCCCUUUUUUGGCCCCGGGGAACCCCCCAAUGCUUCCAACACAUAGGUUUUUAAAACAUUUUUGCUCUAAAAAAUUUAAAGGGGGGAAAAAAGGGUUCCUAAAUAUGUCUGUCAAAACCCCCCACAAAAUUUUGGUUUUUAAAAAAGGGACAAAAAAUUUGCCCCCCCAAAUUUUUCACCCCCCCUUAAAAAACAAACCCCAAAUUUCCCCCAACUCUAAAAAACCCCCAAAAUUUUUCCCCCCCUUUCUUUCCAAAUUUUGGGGGGAAAGGGCCCCAAUGUUUUCAAACCCCAGUCCUUUUGUGUCCUUAUCUCCCAAAAAUUUAGGGAAAAAAAAAGGGGCCCCUAAAAACCAAAAAAGGGGCCCUCACCCAAAGGGAAAAAUUUUGCCCCUUUGACACCCUAUGGGGAAAAAAAACCCCUUUGUAAAAAAAUGUCUUUCCCCCCCUUCUCUAAAAAUGGUUUCAAAACCCCCUUAAAAGCUUUUUCCCAAAUUAUUUUUAAACCCAAAGGGUUUAAAAAACUGUUUUCCAAUUUGUUUUAAAACCCUUUUAAACCCCAAAAGGUUCCCCCCAACAAGGGAAAACCCAAAUUUGGGGGGCUUUCUGGAAAAGGGGGGGGAAAAAAAAGUUCCUCCUUCCCCCCACAAGGCCCCCCAACCCCCAAGACCUCCCAAAAACCCAAAACUUUUUGCCCCCAAAAAUUAGUUUACAAAAACCCCCUAUUCUGUAAAACCCAAAUUUUUCCCUUCAAACCCCAAUUUUCUUAAAACCCCCCUUAUUUUAACCAUCUCCCCCCCCCCCGACCCAGUCUCUCCAUUUGUCUGGCCCUAACCCCCCCAGACCCAUCUCUCCAGUCUGCCCCCCCCCCCCUACCCCCGACCCAGUCUCUCCAGUCUGUCUGGCCCUAACCCCCCCAGACCCAGUCUCUCAGUCUGUCUGGCCCUAACCCCCCCCCCCCAGACCCAGUCUCUCCAGUCGUCUGGCCCUCCCACCCCCCACCCAUCUCUCCAGUCUGUCUGCCCUAACCCCCCCCCAGACCCAGUUCUCUCCAGUCUGUCUGGCCCUAACCCCCCCCCCCCCCCCAGACCCAUCUCUCCAGUCUGUCUGGCCCUAACCCCCCCCCCCCAGACCCAGUCUCUCCAGUCUGUCUGGACCUAACCCCCCAGACCCAGUCUCUCCAGUCUGUCUGGCCCUAACCCCCCCCCCCAGACCCAGUCUCUCCAGUCUGUCUGGCCCUAACCCCCCAGACCCAGUCUCUCCAGUCUGUCUGGACCUAACCCCCCAGACCCAGUCUCUCCAGUCUGUCUGGCCCUAACCCCCCAGACCCAGUCUCUCCAGUCUGUCUGGCCCUAACCCCCCAGACCCAGUCUCUCCAGUCUGUCUGGCCCUAACCCCCCAGACCCCCAGACCCAGUCUCUCCAGUCUGUCUGGCCCUAACCCCCCCCCCCAGACCCAGUCUCUCCAGUCUGUCUGGCCCUAACCCCCCCCCCCCAGACCCAGUCUCUCCAGUCUGUCUGGCCCUAACCCCCCAGACCCCCAGACCCAGUCUCUCCAGUCUGUCUGGCCCUAACCCCCCCCCCAGACCCCCAGACCCAGUCUCUCCAGUCUGUCUGGCCCUAACCCCCACCCCCCCCCCCCCAGACCCAGUCUCUCCAGUCUGUCUGGCCCUAACCCCCCAGACCCCCAGACUGAGAUGUUAUCAUCAUCCUAAAUGCUCAUAAUGUUACCUCAAUGCUACCCAUCCCCCAUAGAUUAAUGAGUCAUUUCAUUUACAGAUCAUUUCUAUGAACAAUGAAUAACAACAUUCAUCACAAAACAUCUCUCUCCCUGGAAAGCAGUGGCAAUUGUUAUUGUUUCUGAGUGGACUAUCCUGUAUAAAUUAAAUGGAAUUAAUUAAUUAAUUAAUAAUUCAACAAACAAAUGAAUGAAUCUCUCUAUCGAUCUCUCUCUCCCUCCCUCUUUUGUGUGUGUUGAUUAAAUCAACUACAGUAGGUGCUGCUCCCAUGCCAACCUAAAGCCCAAUGACCUAAUUCACUCCAUUCCUGAUCGAGGUAUGCCUGCUGCCUGGCAUACCUCAACUACCCCCCCCCCCCACACACACACACACACACAACACACACACAUAUCCCCGGACCUUGUUUCAGGGGGAUAACAUCAGCCCCAACGGCAGAAGUGAAUAGAUUUGGGUUUUGUAGGCCGGAUUAGACUUGAGCCUGGAAGCCAUUCUAGCCAAUGGACUGCUGAAAAGGCCCUUCCUUUGUACAGGCAUUUUAAUGGAAAGCCUUUUGACAUGUUUCAACUAUCUCCUCUAAUACCCUCACAAAUGUGUCCACAGUGGAAAGCGAGGGAAAAGUCUCUCUCUGUCGUGGAUCAGUAAUCUCGUUUCCUAGUAUAGGGCCUUCCUUGGUGUACUAUGAUACUUACAGGGACGUAUGAGGACUUGUAACAGAUAGUGGUAUUUAUAGCUUGCUGGUAUGGUCCUUGCUUGUCCUUGCCGCUACACUCAAAUAAAUUGAAGUCUUUGAUUUUUCAGAUGAUAGAUUAUGUUUUCCAGAAGGAUUUUCAGUUGAUAGAUCAUGUUUUCCAGAAGGAUUUGCACCUGAAAACCCUCUGAGGGGAUACAGCUAAAUAACAGGCUAUUUUAACGGUAUUCCCCAGACAAUUCAUGUUAGGCUUCUCUCUUUUACCAUCAGGGCAUUUGAUCAUCCAUUUUACUAUCUCUUCCCCAGAGAGAGAAAUCUUGGGUGUGCAUUUCAAUAGUUUACAGGCAAGUAACGAAGUACUCCUUAUGCGCCUUAGAAAACAUAAUUCCUUGGACGAUAUCUUUUAAGCACCUGUAUUCAUUUAAAAGGCACCAUCAGGUAGUUUUAUCGUCCAUUUUACCAUCUCUCCCCAGUACUGUGAGGAGAACCAACUCCAACGAAACGAUGAGUACGCUGACGCGCAAAGACAGCGGCGACUCCAAGACCAACCGCACCCGCACCGGCUCCACCGGGAGCAACUCCGGCGGCAAGAGAGCCAGCGAAAGGUACCGCCAGCAUAACAACAACGACUGGUCCUUCACAGCCAGACCUGGGUAGUGUUCAGUAGGGCACACCGUAGUGAAAUGUUUUGAAACGUAAAACUAUAAAUUUGAAACGUAAAACUAAAACAAGCAUUUCUUAGUGGAAACCUAACCGUUUCAGUCAGUUUCAAAACGUUUUACCCUACUGCACAUGACCCCCUGGGUUCAAGUAGUGUUUCUUAUCGUUCAAAUACUUUAUCUGCGCUUGAUUGAACAUACCUGGCGCAGUGCCGGGUUCAGUGUUGACACAGAUUUUUUUUCACCCACCCUGCAGCAAACUGAAGGAGCCCGUUUUCAAUACAGGUAAGAGCCAACAGGACUCUAAUCAGUGAUGCCAUGCACUCAUUGGCUCCCUGUGAGUUAGAGAGGGUUAAAGAUUUUGAGAAGCGUAUCGUAACAUAACCCUGGAAAAUGUCAUUGAUUUUGUUUUGCACGAUCUAUUCUAGACAUAUAUGAUAGCUGUUGUCAACUGAACAUUUGAGCCAUUAUUUGAUUAAAUGGUUGGAUUCCUUCAAUUUGUCAGCAUUGGUUGUCAGACGUGCAAAACCAAAUGUAAGGUAUGUUACAGGGUCUUUGCAGGUUAAAGUCAGCGCCUCCUCCCCAGCAGGCCAAACUGGUUGCAAUGAUGUCAUUAGUGACAAGUUUGGUUGUAAUGACACUUUUGCUCACUUGGUUAAUACCCAGCUCUUAGAGUACCAGUCAGGGAUGUUCUGUGAUGUUCUGUGAUGUUCUGUGAUGUUCUGUGAUGUUCUGUGAUGUGCUGUGAUGGACAGUGGUGACGUUUCUGUUGUAACGUGCUGAAAACAAUCAUCCUCCAACCAAUAAUCAUCCAACCCUCCAUAACCACUUCCAUCCUCCCAUAAAUUCUGACGAAGCAUUUCAACCUCCAUUGUCAUCUAUAAUUUCCUUUUUUCCUUUCCUUACCAGGAGUAAUGCACCUGUACUACAUGUUUUACUGUAUAAGUUUGUAUACAGUGGUAGUAACAGUAAACACUAUGAGAUCUCCAGGAUGGUAUUGAUCGCUGGAUAAAUUAGAUUGCUGUAUCCCAUUAGGUUGAUUUAUUUGGUGUAAUUCUCCCUGAUUGAUCAUCACCCCUCUGAACAUUAAUGUGGCCGGGGGUUGAUUCUUGCUGAACAUUAAUGUGGCCGGGGUGAUUCUUGUGAACAUUAAUGUGGCCGGGGGUUGAUUUGUGACUUAGGUUGAUCUGUGAACAUUUGGGCGGGGUUGAUUCUGCUGAACAUUAAUGUGGCCGGGGGUUGAUUCUUGCUGAACAUUAAUGUGGCCGGGGGUUGAUUCUUGCUGAACAUUAAUGUGGCCGGGGGUUGAUUCUUGCCUUAACUGUGGCCGGGGGUUGAUUCUUGCUGAAACUUUCUGUGGCCGGGGUUGUCUUGAUUCUGUGCUUGAUGAAACGUUCUGUGGCCGGGGGUUGAUUCUUGCUGAACAUUUCUGUGGCUGGGGGUUGAUUCUUGCUGAACCUUACUGUGGCCGGGGGUUGAUUCUUGCUGAAACUUUCUGUGGCCGGGGGUUGAUUCUUGCUGAAACUUUCUGUGGCCGGGGGUUGAUUCUUGCUGAACCUUACUGUGGCUGGGGAUUGAUUCCAGCAAGACAGUGGGUGCUGAUCAGCAGAGAAAAUGUACUGGCACCACCAUUAACAUAGCCUUGUUGAUGAUUUGAAUCAGGUACUGUCUAUAAUACCCUGAUCAGACUAGUACAGUCCCAGGGUAGUGUCAUAAACUUUCAACCUUAAGAAGAAGUCAACGAAUCAAUGUAUCAAGAUGAUAAAGCCUGAAUAAUCCCAAUGGACACUGUGCCUUCAUAUAAUCUGUGGAAUUGUUUUCUGUUGAUUAGAAUCUCUCUAUAGCCCAUCCAACCUUCCACUAAUCCUUAAGGACCAAACAAGUGACACCAACCCUACAUGCUUAGCCUCUAGCCUAUGUGAAAUUGUCAGAUGCUCCUGUUCAGACUGGUAGAUCAGAUGGAUGGAUGGAUGGAUGGAUGGAUGGAUGGAUGGAUGGAUGAUUUGCCUAGAUUCAAACAGAAAAUCAAACAGAAAAUACCUCAAGCACAAUAGCCUAAGUGUUGUCAAGAAGACGCUGAGGCAAGGCACUUGCAUAAAACGGAGGAAGUGUAAGAAGUCACAGUGAUGAGGAAGUCCAGGUCAGGAACAGGAAGCCCAGGUCAGGAACAGGAAGCAAAACCUCACCUGGUCCUUCUGUCCCCUUCUCUCUGAAAGGGAUGCGACGAGUGACGCACUGCAAAGGUAGGCCUUGGUCCUCAAGCCCCCUUACCUUAGCAGCUCUCUGGACAUUGUGUUCUCUUAAGGCCUUAGAAAAAUAGUUAAUCUAUACAUAAAUUAGCCGUAUGUGGCGUGGGGGGGGGGUGUAUCUAACGCACUACGCCACCAUCAUGGGAAUUGCGCCCAAAGAAAUAGUGUGGUAGCUAGUACGAAAAUGUAUGCACUCACUAACUGUAAGUCGCUCUGGAUAAGAGCGUCUGCUAAAUGACUAAAAUGUCAAAUGUAAGACCCCUCCAUGCCACAAUAUGGCGUAGUCGGCAGGAUAUUACGUUGCACAUACCUGGAGCUAUUACACUUAGACUACAGCUAUUGUUCUUGUCUGGUGCGAGAACGUACAGUAUAGGCUACUGGCUCAUAGGCCCAAUGCACAGAGAGCUGGCCCAUGGCAUGGGUGGGUUUGGGUUGACAGUGAGUGUGAUAGGAUCCCUCCCCAAUAUGUCAGCCAACUGUGGACUAAUAUACACUCUCUAACACAGGGUUUCCCAAACUCUGUCCCUGCCCCCCCCCUGGCCCCAGCACUACACAGCUGAUUUUAAAAAAAACUAAGCUUGAUGAUGAGUUGAUUAUUUGAAUCAGUUGUGUAGUUGUAGUGCAAAAACCAAAAUGUGCACCUGGGGAGGGGGGGGGCGAGUUUGGGAAACCAUGCUCUAACACACUGAGUCUGAACUGUGUGUGGUUGAUUGCAGUGAUGCUUUUUAGACUAGCUGUUUAACCUUAGUGUGGAAUUGCCACAUUCUAGAGAUGUUUGCUCAAAGCCACACAGCACUCUUUUGUCCUUGUCACCAUAGGAACCCCACCAAAUAUUUCCUGCAGUGCACCCUGAUCUCCUAAGAGUCCCCUUUUCAGAGCACAAAAAACCAAUUGUCUUGUCUUGGUAUCAUGUAUCCUCAAAAGGGCUGUUUGCAUUACAAUGUCUUUACUUUAUAGCUUUUGAAUUAUUUUUGGAGUUGCCUUCUCUUGCAUGGCCUUCAAACGACUGUUUGAUGGACAGCUUGUGGCUAAUUUCCAUAAGCUUUGCUAAUGUAAGAUGAAAGAGACAUGUUUGGAAGCAGACUGUCGUGAAACUCAUGGUCCCUGUGACAGAUUCAAGGCUGUCAGUGGCAAAAAAAUAUAGAAUAAUAAUGAAAUACAUAAUAAAAGCAGGUCCAUAGUAAAUGGUAGGUCAAGUGAAGUGAACCUAUUUAAAGACUGUUAUUCACCCUGAUGCCGGCUAAAGUAGACCAAAAAAGAGACGCUUUAUUGUGUCAUGUUUACCAUAGACAUUAGUUAUAUGUUGAGCCACUGAUGCACUCUUUUAGUAAAAGUCUGAAGUUUAACUUAAAGAGUACAAGCCCCAGUAGAUUAGCCAUCCAGCUGUUGUUAACCAGUAGAUACCGUAGCUUGUUUUGUACCAGUCCAGCUGUUGUUAACCAGUAGAUACCGUAGCUUGUUUUGUACCAGUCCAGCUGUUGUUAACCAGUAGAUACCGCAGCUUGUUUUGUACCAGUCCAGCUGUUGUUAACCAAUAGAUACCGUAGCUUGUUUUGUACCAGUCCAGCUGUUGUUAACCAGUAGAUACCGCAGCUUGUUUUGUACCAGUCCAGCUGUUGUUAACCAGUAGAUACCGCAGCUUGUUUUGUACCAGUCCAGCUGUUGUUAACCAGUAGAUACCGUAGCUUGUUUUGUACCAGUCCAGCUGUUGUUAACCAGUAGAUACCGCAGCUUGUUUUGUACCAGUCCAGCUGUUGUUAACCAGUAGAUACCGUAGCUUGUUUUGUACCAGUCCAGCUGUUGUUAACCAGUAGAUACCGUAGCUUGUUUUGUACCAGUCCAGCUGUUGUUAACCAGUAGAUACCGUAGCUUGUUUUGUACCAGUCCAGCUGUUGUUAACCAGUAGAUACCCAGCUUGUUCUGUGUUUACCGUGGUCGUCCACUGUUGUUAACCAUAGAUACCGAGCUUGUUUUGUACCGUCCAGCUUUUGUUAACCAGAGAUCUAACUUGUUUGAUACAGUCCAGUGUUGUAACCUAGAUCCGUAGCCUUGUUUUGUACCAGUCCCCCAGCUGUUGUUAACCAAUUAUACCGUAGCUUGUUUUGUACCAUCAGCUUUGUUAACAGAGAUACCGUAGCUUGUUUGACCAGUUCCUGUGUUUUGUGGUCGUCCAUGUGGCGUAAAGCAAGUUGUCGAUCACAUCUAACUGGUAUAUUAUAACGACCCCUCCUCCCCUUCCCACUGGACCCUUCAACUCAUACCACCUCACCUACCUAGUAACCGUGCAGAUAUAUCUGACCCGCCCGUCAAAAAGGACUGGAACCGCUGAGGCGCCCAAAUCCUGCGUAGCGGCCUUGUCUGGCCGCUCCUCUGCUCCCCACACGCCUGACUCCAAGAGCGAAUCUGACAAGUCUGUCAGGUCCACUGGAGUCAGGAAGACGCCGACGUUCACCAUCCCCCUGAGAAAGUCAGUCAGCCAGUCUUCCUACUCCCCCUUAGACACUCCGAGCUACAGGAGCCCCGUCAAAUCCCCCAGCCAGUACUUCCAAAUCUGUUACUAAGCUAGGCCUAAACCAGCGCUUGGCAUUAGAUUGAAAGAAGUUCUGUGUUAAACUUGAAUGUAAAAAUUGACUUGAAAAAAAAAACCAUUCCUCUCCAUGACUGUCAUGUUUUAUGUUUUUUCGUCUUUUUUGGUUUUUGACUCUUAUUUUUGAGUCUUCAGGUUGGUUUGCUUCCCUUGCUGUGGCACCAUGACCCUAUGCAUGUUUUGUCUUCUCAGUUCAUUUUGCACCGUUCCUUGUUAUUAUCUGAAUGUAUUUGAAAUGACGAAUAAAAGGACAUCGAAAGCCUCUAAAAUCUAUCUCUGUGUUUGCUGAUCUAUCAUUUCCUUUACUCAAUUCAUUCACUUCUUUUGAAACUUUUUAUUUUUUAAAUGUACAGUACCAGUCAAAAGUUUGGACACACCUACUCAUUCAAGGGUUUUUCUUUAUUUUAGCUAUUUUCUACAUUGUAGAAUAAUAGUGAAGACAUCAAAACUAAUGAAAUAACACACACGGAAUCAUGUAGGAACCAAAAAAGUGUUAAACAAAUCAAAAUAUAUUUUUGAUUUUAGAUUCUUCAAAGUAGCCACCCUUUGCCUUGAUGACUGCUUUGCACACUCUUGGCAUUCUCUCAACCAGCUUCACCUGGAAUGCUUUUCCAACAGUCUUGAAGGAGUUCCCACAUAUGCUGAGCACUUGUUGGCUGCUUUUCCUUCAUUCUGCGGUCCAACUCAUCCCAAACCAUCUCAAUUGGGUUGAGGUCGAGGGAUUGUGGAGGCCAGGUCAUCUGAUGUAGGUCUCCCGAGUGGCGCAGUGGUCUAAGGCACUGCAUCGCAGUGCUAGCUGUGCCACUAGAGAUUCUGGUUCGAAUCCAGGCUCUGCUGUAGCCGGCCGCAACCGGGAGACCAAUCGGGCGGUGCACAAUUGGCCCAGCGUCGUCCCGGGUAGGGGAGGGAAUGGCCGGCAGGGAGGUAGCUCAGUUGGUAGAGCAUGGUGUUUGCAACACCAGGGUUGUGGGUUCGUUUCCCAUGGGGGGCCAGUAUGAAAAUAAAAAAGAAUAAUGUAUGCACUAACUGUAAGUCGCUCUGGAUAAGAGCGUCUGCUAAAUGACGUAAAUGUAAAUAUAAAUGUGCUCCAUCACUCUCCUUUUUGGUCAAAUAGCCCUUACACAGCCUGGAGGUGUGUUGGGUCAUUGUCCUGUUGAAAAACAAAUGAUUGUCCCACUAAGCCCAAACCAGAUUGAAUGGCGUAUCGCUGCAGAAUGCUGUUAUAGCCAUGCUGGUUAAUUGUGCAUUGAAUUCUAAAUAAAAACAGAAUGUCACCAGCAAAGCACCCCCACACCAUCACACCUCCUCCUCCAUGCUUCAUGGUGGGAACUACACAUGCGGAGCUCAUCCGUUCACCUACACUGCGUCUCACAAAGACACAGCGGUUGGAACCAAAAAUCUCCAAUUUGGACUCCAGACCAAAGGACAGAUUUACAUCAGUCUAAUGUCCACUGCUCGUGUUUCUUGGCCCAAGCAAGUCUCUUCUUAUUGGUGUCCUUUAGUAAUGGUUUCUUUGCAGUAAUUCGACCAUGAAGGCUUGAUUCACGCAGUCUCCUCUGAACAGUUGAUGUUGAGAUGUGUCUGUUAGUUGAACUCUGUGAAGCACUUAUUUGGGCUGCAAUUUCUGAUGCUGGUAACUCUAAUAAACGUAUCCUCUGCAGCAGAGGUAACUCUGGGUCUUCCUUUCCUGUGGCGGUCCUCAUGAGAGCCAGUUUCAUCAUAGUGCACUUGAAGAAACAUUCAAAGUUUCCGGAUUGACUGACCUUCAUGUCGUAAAGUAAUGAUGGACUGUCGUUUCUCUUUGAUUAUUUGAGCUGUUCUUGCCAUAAUAUGGACUUGGUCUUUUACCAAAUAGGGCUAUCGUCUGUAUACCUCAUGAAUCUGGUUGAGAGAAUGCCAAUAGUGUGCAAAGCUGUCAUCAAGGCAAAGGGUGGCUACUUUGAAGAAUUUCAAAUAAAAAACAUUUUUUUAUUUGUUUUUUGGUUACUACAUGAUUCCGUGUGUGUUAUUUCAUAGUUUUGAUGUCUUCACUAUAAUUCUACAAUGUAAAAAAAUAGUAAAAAUAAAGAAAAACCCUUGAAUGAGUAGGUGUGUCCAAACUUUUGACUGGUACUGUAUAUCAACAUCUCAUAACCAUGACACCCCUCUAAACUAUUGAUCGUCUCUACACCACAGGAGGUUGGUGCCACCUUAUUUGGGGAGGACAGGCUUAUGGUAAUGGUAGGAGUGGAAUGAGUGGAAUGGUAUCAAAUACAUCAAACACAUGGUUUGAAUCCAUUCCAUUCACUCCUUUCCAGACAUUAUUAUGAGCCGUCCUCCCCUCAGCAGCCCCCACUGCUCUACACCCCUCUUUCAUUCUCAUGAGUCUCAUACACCCCUCUUUCAUUCUCGUGAGUCUCAUACACCCCUCUUUCAUUCUCAUGAGUCUCAUACACCCCUCUUUCAUUCUCAUGAGUCUCAUACACCCCUCUUUCAUUCUCAUGAGUCUCAUACACCCCUCUUUCAUUCUCGUGAGUCUCAUACACCCCUCUUUCAUUCUCAUGAGUCUCAUACACCCCUCUUUCAUUCUCAUGAGUCUCAUACACCCCUCUUUCAUUCUCGUGAGUCUCAUACACUGUUCUCACCAUCACAAACACUCCUCCUUGUUACCAAUGAUUCAUGACAAAUUGUCCACUGAAAAUGUCUGUUGCUUCUUUUAGAGGAAGGGUAUGUGAAAAUGUAUUUGAAGGGACGACCCAUCACCAUGUACAUGCCCAAAGACCUUGUGGAUACCUACUGCCUGGAAGCCAAAUCGGACCUGCCAAACAAGAAGCUCAAACUGGACUGGGUGUAUCCUUUUUUCACUGUUGUGGAGUCAUUUUUCAAAAUGGAAGGCUAAUAGAAAAUUUAUGUUUCAAAAGAUAAGAAACGGAUUGUUACGUGGCAUUACAACAUUUUAGUUAUGUUCAUAACAACAGGCUUGAAAAUCUACUCUUUCAGGCCAGAGAUGCAUUGCUAGAUGUAUCCCCCAUGUAUUGCUAAGUUAAAUUCAGAAUGCACUCUAUUGCACAGCUGUGAAUGAAAACAUCCUGGAUGUUCCAGUAGAUAUUUAUUUCCUAUUCAUCUCCACUGCAUACUGAAAUACAAACCCUGCUUUCUUGUAUUCAGCAAUUGCCUAUAGCCCAGAAGCCAGCAGGCUGCACCCUAUUUUCUCCUCCUCUCUGUCCCUGAAGGUAUCGACCCCCAUUUCAUUAGAGUGAGAGAGAGGAGAUUAUACUGAUUAUUAAAAAAAAAGCAUAUUUCUGGAAACACCAGGAUCAGGAUGAAACUAUGAAUGUUCUGUGUUCGGUCUAGUGUUUUGCCUGAAGGCGACUGUGGAUUUUCCAAAAAAAGGGAAGAUGGAUAGAACUGACUUUCAACAGAAGUGCGUCUAUCGUAUCUUACUGAAUUAUCCAUUUGGAACUCCGGAAGGUUACAGAGGGUAGCUGUAUGCAUGAUGGGUGAUGCUGAGUGAUAGGUUGUAAAUAUAGACUACGGUGGCCCUAAGGUGCCAAGAGCUUUUAUUAAUGUGCCUCAUUGAAUUCAGUCAAACUAGAUUGGUUUAUAUGUAGGCUACAGUUGAAGUUCCGUCGGAAGUUGUGUGGCUCUUGACCUAAAUGUCCAGUUAUGGGUACCGGGGGCGUGACUGUCGCAGUAACCUGUACCUGCUACCCACGGGAGAGACAGUGUACUUCAUUGCUUCUGUGGUGGUUCUCUACAAUGUGGACGAUCAGCUCCAGAGACACUACACCAGGCACACUGACGACAUCAAGUGGUGAGAGGAAACAGAAUAUGACACAACACUGUAUUUCUCCCUGUAUACUGUGUUCCGAUGUGGAUGUGUGUUGAUGUUCUUAUCUGGACACUUUACUUGUCAAACAUUGAGUAGUAGGGCCUAAGAGUCAGAGAGGUAACUGGGGUCAUGCCAGAAGAGAGACUGCCCUAUUUAACCCUUAAAUCAUUGUCACCAUCUCCCGUGUACAGUAUUCUCAGACCGACAGUAUUCAACAUUUAUUAAAGCGAUGUAUUUAAAUAAUUUGUUGAUAACUAUGCUAUCUUUCCGCUAUCCAAAGAAACAUGCAACACAACUCCAAGUUGAAAGUGUUUAAUUUAUGCUGAAAAGGCUAUGCUUUGUUAUGCACCUUGAUGCGGAGGCCUGUUGCCCACCGUCGUAUUAAAUCCUCCAUGUAUUAUAGUGCAGACAGAGGUACCUUGUCUCAGCAAUGCUUUGAUCAGUAUUCCUGUCUAAUCCUAUGGAAUAACCCCUUCAUAAUGAGGCAGACUAAAGUAAACAGGUGGCUGGCCUGCAGCUGCUUUUCCUCAGUUAAAGUGUUGGGCAGGUAAUUAUCUCAGACAGAAAAGGCUUGUAAGAAAUAUAAUGAGCUAAAAACUCAGACGAAGGGUCGGCCUGGGGUCAUGCUGAUAAUGAAUAUCUAACUAAUAAAGAGUUGAUUCGUGGCAGGGCACAGGGAGAUGUUAGCUUCCUUUUCACUCUGUAGUAAAGAGUCCUCUGACAUUCUCUUAUCUCUCUGUAAGGCAUAGUGUCCUUCUGUAGUGCCCUUCUGUAGUGUCCUUCUGUAGUGUCCUUCUGUAGUGUCCUUCUGUAGUGCCCUUCUGUAGUGUCCUUCUGUAGUGUCCUUCUGUAGUGUCCUUCUGUAGUGUCCUUCUGUAGUGUCCUUCUGUAGUGCCCUUCUGUAGUGUCCUUCUGUAGUGUCCUUCUGUAGUGUCCUUCUGUAGUGUCCUUCUGUAGUGCCCUUCUGUAGUGUCCUUCUGUAGUGCCCUUCUGUAGUGCCCUUCUAUCUGCUGUCAGUAAUAGAAGAGGGGGGAGUCUUGUCAACAUCAGUAAGAAUGAAAUCAAACAUUACCUACUGUAACGACACCACAUGACCUUCAGUUUGACAGAACAACAUAUAUUAUAUGAUAGCAACUCACAGUUUCGUAAGACACAAAACACUUGUCUUUGAUCUGCUUUGAGGUCUCUGUGGUUUUGUCAUCAUUUUUCAAAUCCACCCUUCAGAUGUUCAAAGUGUUUGCCGUCUCUCUGUUCCUAUGUGUCUGUUCUAUAGCUUGGCUGUCCAUCCUGAUAAAAUCACCAUAGCAACAGGACAGGUGGCAGGCACCUCUUCUGAUGGCAAAGUAAGAGACCUCUCAUUGUCACAUAACUUUAAAUCUAUGAUCAGUACACUUAUUUCAUGAUUAGAAAUAGUGUGUGUGUGUGUGUGUGUGUGUGUGUGUGUGCGUGCGUGUGUGUGUGUGUACUGACAGCAGCUGGCUCCUCAUGUGCGGGUUUGGGACUCAGUGAGCCUCAACACCCUCCACGUUCUGGGAACAGGCUUCUUUGACCGCGCCCUGGUUUGCCUUGCCUUCUCCAAGUCGGUAAGCUAUGGACCUUCAUGAAAACAAUCAUAGCUGAUAUAUGAACCAGAUUUUGAGUGUGCCUUUACUGGUCAGAAAAAGCUUUCCUAAAUAACUGAGGACAGGGCUGAUCCCGCUCUGUUGGUCUGUGCAGAACGGCGGUAACAUGCUGUGUGUGGUAGACGACUCCAACGACCAUGUGCUCUCUGUGUGGGACUGGCAGAGAGAGGAGAGACUGGCUGACGUCAAGGUGAGUGUCUGUGUGUGUGUGUGUGUGUGUGUGUGUGUGUGUGUGUGUGUGUGUGUGCGACCAGGGUUUGAACCUGUGCGCAUCAAGACUGUCUUAGCCCUUUGAGCUAAAUUCUAGGCAUUAGCUUGGGGAAUCCAACGCAAGUCUUCAGGUCUCAGGAAAGCUUACCUGGCUUUUGAGUUGCUCUAUAUAUAUCCUCAUAGACAAUUUUGAAAUGUUCUCAUGAUUUGUAAGGCGAAUGUUCAGCCAUAGCCUCAGAAUGUUCACAUUUGCCCCUGAACAGAUGGAGUCAGAGGCACUCUGAAACACGAGUGACCGUGACUCUUUCUGUCCCGUUACAGUGUUCCAACGAGGCAGUGUUCGCUGCCGACUUCCACCCCACUGACACCAACAUUAUAGUCACGUGUGGGAAGUCCCACCUCUACUUCUGGACUCUGGAACGGGGCACCCUUGUCAAGAAACAAGGCUUGUUUGAGGUACGACUUAAGAUCUCUUAUUUACACAGGCCUCACGUUCAUCUGCUAGAUCAUCUGAGUUUUAGGGGAAAAUGUAUUUGUCAAAAUCAAUAUGACAUAUGCCAUUUAGCAGACGCUUUUUGCCCAAAAGUGGAUGUAGCUAGUACUGGCUGUGUUGCUUUAGUUCUUUGCCCCAUGUUAGAAAGGUAGUGUCAGUGAAGCUGCAUGUCUGUCUCUGUAUGUUUUGUGACUACCACAACUCUGUUGUAUCUCUGCCCCCACCCCACCCCAAGUAAAUAAAGCCAUAUUUAUAUUUCUCACAGAAACAAGAGAAGCCCAAGUUUGUCUUGAGUGUGACUUUUUCAGAAAAUGGAGAUACCAUAACUGGAGACUCAAGUGGAAAUAUUCUGGUGUGGGGGAAAGGUAAACACUGUCAUUCUUUACUACUGUGUGUCAGCUAUAAGGAAAGUGAAGCAAUAAGCAAAGAUCACAUACAUCAAGAGCCUCACAAGUUCCACGCAUACAUCUUGAAGAGAAAAUAACAUUACGGAAAGGUUUUCUGAUCGAAAGCGAAGCAAAUGAAACAGACCUGCUGAGUAUUUAUCCUACCCCAGCUGACCGUCACGUUGUUUUCAAAGUUUGUAUCUGUUACUUCCGGGCUGUGCCACUGAUGUCAGAUGUUUUGGCUCAUCAAAGGCUCUUUACUAUGAGACAGUUGUCAGGAUGCUGGGGUCAGAACGGGGUCAUUCCUAGGAUAGAACAACAAAAGCCUGUCUUGUGAGAAGAACUGCUCCUGACCACGUGUUGUGAGGUUAAAACAAAACCGCUAUCUUCUGCCUUCUCCAAGGGUGUUCUGUCUUUCUCUCUGUCAUGCAGGCACUAAUCGAAUUAGCCAUGCCGUUCAGGGCGCACACGAUGGGAGCAUCUUUGCACUGUGCAUGUUGAGGAGUGGCACACUGGUGUCAGGGGGAAAGGAUCGGAAACUCAUCUCUUGGGAUGGGAGCUACCAGCAGAUACAAUCGGUUGAGGUGAGACCAGUAGCAAUGUGUGGGUAAAAUCACUUGGGAAGCCAGAAAAACAAAACUUGAUAAUUGUGUUGUUUUUUUCCGUGUAACCUGUUAGUUCAUACCCCACCGUGAUAUACAAUAAGGCCGAGACAACAAAAAGUCACACAGUGGCAGAAUAAAUUCAACCACACGUUUGUUUCAUCACAAAACCGGAGAGCAACAUCUGUUUGAUGAAGUCCACAAAGCAAAUAUUGCAUGUAACAAACAGUUACAUGACCUACAGUUUUCCAACAUUUUCGGACCACUAAACAACUAUUGAUUUUAGAACUACGGAGAGUUAUUGCAAGUCGCAAAGCUGCCUCCACUAUUCCAGCACCAUUUCAACUUCAACAUUUCAACAUCAUCAAAUCACCUCUGCUUAGUCUAAUACAGUGACAACUUAAAGAUACCAAAAACAAUUUAGUCCAAUCAACAUGAGCUAAAUAUGAUGUGGCUGUCCAUGGUACUGAUUUCUGUGUGUGCUUGCAAGUAGAAAAAACAUGUUGACUCACCCUACUUGUAAAGAAACGCAAAUCCCAUCCUCCUCUCUUUCAUGUUGCCGAAACGGUCUAUGAAUCUGUCAUACAGUACACCCUUUUAGUUUUUGUUGUCCUAGGUUACCUGGCUAAAAUGCUUACUCACUAGCCUAACUUCCUUUCAUGGGCAACGAUGAGCAUACUAGUUAACAUUAGCCUACUACAUCUAGCUACAGUGAGGGGAAAAAAGUAUUUGAUUCCCUGCUGAUUUUGUACGUUUGCCCACUGACAAAGACAUGAUCAGUCUAUAAUUUUAAUGGUAGGUUUAUUUGAACAGUGAGAGACAGAAUAACAACAAUAAAAUCCAGAAAAACGCAUGUCAAAAAUGUUAUAAAUUGAUUUGCAUUUUAACGAAGGAAAUAAGUAUUUGACCCCUCUGCAAAACAUGACUUAGUACUUGGUGGCAAAACCCUUGUUGGCAAUCACAGAGGUCAGACGUUUCUUGUAGUUGGCCACCAGGUUUGCACACAUCUCAGGAGGGAUUUUGUCACACUCCUCUUUGCAGAUCUUCUCCAAGUCAUUAAGGUUUCGAGGCUGACGUUUGGCAACUCGAACCUUCAGCUCCGUCCACAGAUUUUCUAUGGGAUUAAGGUCUGGAGACUGGCUAGGCCAUUCUUUUGUUGCCUUGGCCGUGUGUUUUGGGUCAUUGUCAUGCUGUAAUACCCAUCCACGACCCAUUUUCAAUGCCCUGGCUGAGGGAAGGAGGUUCUCACCCAAGAAUUGACGGUACAUGGCGCCGUCCAUCGUCCCUUUGAUGCGGUGAAGUUGUCCUGUCCCCUUAGCAGAAAAACACCCCCAAAGCAUAAUGUUUCCACCUCCAUGUUUGACGGUGGGGAUGGUGUUCUUGGGGUCAUAGGCAGCAUUCCUCCUCCUCCAAACACGGCGAGUUGAGUUGAUGCCAAAGAGCUCGAUUUUGGUCUCAUCUGACCACAACACUUUCACCCAGUUCUCCUCUGAAUCAUUCAGAUGUUCAUUGGCAAACUUCAGACGGGCCUGUAUAUGUGCUUUCUUGAGCAGGGGGACCUUGCGGGCGCUGCAGGAUUUCAGUCCUUCACGGCGUAGUGUGUUACCAAUUGUUUUCUUGGUGACUAUGGUUCCAGCUGCCUUGAGAUCAUUGACAAGAUCCUCCCGUGUAGUUCUGGGCUGAUUCCUCACCGUUCUCAUGAUCAUUGCAAAUCCACGAGGUGAGAUCUUGCAUGGAGCCCCAGGCCGAGGAAGAUUGACAGUUCUUUUGUGUUUCUUCCAUUUGCAAAUAAUCGCACCAACUGUUGUCACCUUCUCACCAAGCUGCUUGGCGAUGGUCUUGUAGCCCAUUCUAGCCUUGUGUAGGUCUACAAUCUUGUCCCUGACAUCCUUGGAGAGCUCUUUGGUCUUGGCCAUGGUGGAGAGUUUGGAAUCUGAUUGAUUGAUUGCUUCUGUGGACAGGUGUCUUUUAUAAAGGUAACAAACUGAAAUUAGGAGCACUCCCUUUAAGAGUGUGCUCCUAAUCUCAGCUCGUUACCUGUAUAAAAGACACCUGGGAGCCAGAAAUCUUUCUAAUUGAGAGGGGGUUAAAUACUUAUUUCCCUCAUUAAAAUGCAAAUCAAUUUAUAACAUUUUUGACAUUGCAUUUUUCUGGAUUGUUUUGUUGUUAUUCUGUCUCUCACUGUUCAAAUAAAGCUACCAUUAAAAGUAUAGACUGAUCAUUUCUUUGUUAGUGGGCAAACGUACAAAAUCAGCAGGGGAUCAAAUACUUUUUUCCCUCACUGUAUAUAUUUAACUCCCAUCCUCUCAGGCCAGGGGCACAAUGUAUGAAUUAAUGGUUGGAUCAGAAUCGCCGUUAUAAUCAUUGGCCAGUACGGAGAAUUAAGCAAAACCACAAGUCCAACUCCCUAUCUCCAUCCAUGGCUAAUUUAGGAAAGGGAUCAUUUUAGCUCGCUAGCCACCGAAGGACAACGACACAGUGACAAUAAUCAUUCAUGUUUUUUUUGUCAUCCCUUUACCUUUUUUUUUUGUGCACCAGGACCAUUCACAGUUGACCUCACUCGGUUUAGCUCAACACUGAUUGGCUUUUAUUUUAUUUUUAAAAAAUUAUCAGGGGAGGCCAAAUGCUCGCUGGCUUCCCUUGCUAUUUGAAUUCAAUGCUACGGGCGGCAAUAAUGUCAUACACUUUCAGUCCAGACAGCAUCAGAUACAUGGGCUACAUAUACUGAAACAGAGGGGGCGCUGUUUCGCUCGCUCGGAUGCUUUCUCCGGUGAGAUACAGUUGAAGUCGGAAGUUGACAUACACUUAGGUUGGAGUCAUUAAAACUCGUUUUUCAACCACUCCACAAAUUUCUUUUUAACAAACUAUAGUUUGGGCAAGUCGGUUAGGACAUCUACUUUGUGCAUGACACAAGUAAUUUUUACAACCAUUGUUUACAGACAGAUUAUUUCACUUAUAAUUCACUGUAUCACAAUUCCAGUGGGUCAGAAGUGUACAUACACUAAGUUGACUGUGCCUUUAAACAGCUUGGAAAAUUCCAGAAAAUUAUGUCAUGGCUUUAGAAGCUUCUGAUAGGCUAAUUGACAUCAUUUGAGUCAAUUGGAGGUGUACCUGUGGAUGUAUUUCAAGGCCUACCUUCAUACUCAGUGCCUCUUUGCUUGACAUCAUGGGAAAAUCAAAAGAAAUCAGCCAAGACCUCCGAAAAAGAAUUGUAGACCUCCACAAGUCUGGUUGAUCCUUGGGAGCAAUUUCCAAACGCCUGAAGGUACCACGUUCAUCUGUACAAACAAUAGUACACAAGUAUAAACAUCAUGGGACCACACAGCCGUCAUACCGCUCAGGAAGGAGACGUGCUCUGUCUCCUAGAGAUAAACUUACUUUGGUGCAAAAAGUGCAAAUCAAUCCCAGAACAACAGCAAAGGACCUUGUGAAGAUGCUGAAGGAAACAGGUACAAAAGUAUCUAUAUCUACAGUAAAACAAGUCCUAUAUCGCCAUAACCGGAAAGGCCGCUCAGCAAGGAAGAAGCCACUGCUCCAAAACCACCAUAAAAAAGGCAGGUUUGCAACUGCACAUGUGGACAAAGAUCGUACUUUUUGGAGAAAUGUCCUCUGGUCUGAUGAAACAAAAAUAGAACUGUUUGGCCAUAAUGACCAUCGUUAUGUUUGGAGGAAAAAGGGGGCUGCUUGCAAGCCGAAGAACACCAUCCCAACCGUGAAGCACGGGGGUGGCAGCAUCAUGCUGUGGGGAUGCUUUGCUGCAGGAGGGACUGGUGCACUUCACAAAAUAGAUGGCAUCAUGAGGAAGGGAAAUUAUGUGGAUAUAUUGAAGCAACAUCUCAACACAUCAGUCAGGAAGUUAAAGCUUGGUCACAAAUGGGUCUUCCGAAUGGACAAUGGCAAAUUAAUUACUUAAAAAUCAUACAAUGUGAUUUUCUGGAUUUUUUAUUAGAUUCCGUCUCUCACAGUUGAAGUGUACCUAUGAUAAAAAUUACAGACCUCUACAUGGUUUGUAAGUAGGAAAACCUGCAAAAUCGGCAGUGUAUCAAAUACUUGUUCUCCCCACUGUAUUCAUAUGAUGAAAAUAAUAAUGCCAAUGAUUUGUACAAUGCAAACAACGCUCUGUUUUACAAUGGGCCAUGUCCCCUCUCCGUACUGUACAACCUCCGCUCUCCCCCAUCCCCCCACUCAGCCAUCUGUGAAAUCAAACAUUGAAAAGACAAAGAAAACAACCCUCACAUCCACUGUGGCAGGAAGCUUACCGUUGGUAUGAAUAAUAAUAUUUAUUUUCCCACCUUUCCCAGGUUCCUGAAUUAUUUGGUCCCGUCCGGACUGUUGCCGAGGGCAAAGGGGAGAGUGUGCUUAUUGGGACCACCAGGAACUAUGUUCUACAAGGCAGUUUAUAUGGCGAAUUUACCCCCAUCACACAAGUGGGUACAAUUAUCUGACAUUCUAGUUCAUGCAGACAUUAAACCUAAAGUUUCGAAAGAUGCCUAACAAUUACAUUAUAAGCAAAACACUGCAGCUGUUAAAUUAUGGUAUGCUAACUGGCGUCCCUAACUUCUCCAGGGUCACACCGAUGAGCUGUGGGGGUUGGCCGUGCACCCCUGGAAACCCCACUUCCUCACCUGUGGUCACGACAAGCACGUCAGCCUGUGGGACUCCUCCUCACACCAGCCUGUCUGGACCAAGACUAUGGAGGUAGACAGACAGACAGCGCCCCCUGGGGACAACUCUGAGCCUCACACGUUACACUCAGAUAACUGUAGAAGGGCCACAAGCUUAGCUUGGUCCCAUAUCUGUUUGUAUUGUAUAGCCAAUAAUGUUGUCAUGCCAACUAUGUUGGCUGUGGCUGGGAGCAGGCUGCCACAAGCUUUUGCUGACCACGUGACCUGAUUCAGGAAAAAACUCAGUUUGGGCCCUAGUUAUAAGAUAGUGGAGGAAAGCGUAGGGUAAUAUCUCAAGACAUCUCUGAAAAAGCUUCAGUCUCUUUUGUGUUGUAUUAGUUAUUCACUGAGGUGUGGUGAAUGUUUCAGGAUGCAGCAUUGACAUGAGACUUCCUUUUUGUUUUCUUUUGUGGACAGGACGCGGCCCAGUCUGCUGGAUUCCAUCCCUCUGGAGCAGUGGUUGCUAUAGGAACGCAGACCGGCAGGUGACAAAGUGGUGCUUGAGGAGAAUCACACUAUGCCAAUUCCAUCACAAGAAACCAUAGAGAUCUACCAGUAAUAAUAAUAAUAAUAAUAAUCAUCUGUAUAGUGUUUCUCAUUACAAUAGGAGUCUCAAAGUGGGCUUUGUGAAACUACAGGAGAGAUGUGAUGUGUCAGUAUGCUUUUGAUGAUGAGAGGAUGGGUAUCUUCCAUCAUACAGGUGGCUGGUGCUGGAUACCGACUCUAAGGAUCUAGUCACAGUGCACACUGAUGGAAAUGAACAGCUGUCUGUUGUCCGCUUUGCUCCAGGUAAGUGCUGUCAUAGGCUUUAUUAGGCUACUUGUUAUAAGCAUGUAUGAGGCUUUAUAAUGACUCAUAAGGAUUCAUAUUUAUAGUACAUCUUUUAAAUGAAAAUGGCUGUUAUUUAGUCAGGAUCAUUAAAUGGCUGUUAUCUAGUCAGGAUCAUUAAAUGGCUGUUAUCUAGUCAGGAUCAUUAAAUGGCUGUUAUCUAGUCAGGAUCAUUAAAUGGCGGUUAUCUAGUCAGGAUCAUUAAAUGGCUGUUAUCUAGUCAGGAAUAUAAAAUGGCUGUUAUCUAGUCAGGAUCAUUAAAUGGCUGUUAUCUAGUCAGGAUCAUUAAAUGGCUGUUAUGUAGUCAGGAUCAUUAAAUGGCUGUUAUCUAGUCAGGAUAAUUAAAUGGCUGUUAUCUAGUCAUGAUCGUUAUCAGAUGGUUGUAAGAAAAUACAAGGGGGUUAUACUUAUAAUGCUUUAUAGCUGCAUCAUAAUGCAUUAUAACCUGCCUUCUGUAAAGUGAUACCAAGAGGUCUACGGUAGGCCUGCUGUGAGAGAACUCCUAACAGUUACAGGUUAACAGUAAUACUGAUACAGGCCACAUUAUCUGUUCUAACCUACAUCUCCUGUCGUUAUUCCUAGAUGGUAAUUUCCUGGCCAUCGGCUCUCACGAUAACUACAUCUAUAUCUACGCAGUGGGGAACGGUGGCAGGAAGUACAGCAGAUUGGGGAAGUGCUCGGUGAGCACCUUUUUUUAAGACCUACCCCCUCUUCUCCUCAGCAUCACACCAGGAGGACAUGCUAAAUUACGCACACUCAACAGCCCUAGUGCAUUAUGGUUUAAAACAAGCUGAGUCAUCCAUUCCGACUAUAGCUGAUUCCCAUCAUCUCUCUCUCUCUUCUCUCUCCUCUACUCUCUCUCUCCCGCUACCUUCCAUCCCCUCUCUCGCACACAUACAAACACACACACACACACACUCUCUCUCUCUUUCUCCUCUCUCUCUCACUGUCUCUCUCCCUCUCACUGUCUCUCUCUCUGUUUCUCUCUGUUUCUCUCUGUCUCUCUCGUUCUGUCUCUCAGGGCCACUCCAGCUUCAUCACCCAUCUGGACUGGUCAGUGGACUCUCAGUACCUGGUGUCCAACUCAGGAGACUAUGAGAUACUCUAUUGUAAGUAUUGUCAUGUUCAUUCAAACGGAAAAUUAAAAGUCUGUGUUCUUAUUGGACAAGUUCAGGUAGCACCUCCCCGUUUCAAUCAGCUGUAUGUCGUUCCAGGGAUCCCGUCUGUGUGCAAACAGGUGGUGAGUGUGGAGACCACCCGGGACAUCCCCUGGGCCACCUCCACAUGCACUCUGGGCUUCCAAGUCUUUGGUGAGGAAUGUUGAAGCAGCUGGAGAAUCUAUUUGUUGAAGCAGCUGGAGAAUCUAUUUGUUGAAGCAGCUGGAGAAUCUAUUUGUUGAAGAAGCUGGAGAAUCUAUUUGUUGAAGCAGCUGGAUAAUCUAUUUGUUGAAGUAGCUGGAUAAUUUACUUGUUGAAGAAGCUGGAGACAUAGGCUGCAUUUAAAUAGGCAGCCCAAUUCUGAUCUUUUCGCCACUAAUUGGUCUUUUGACCAAUCAGAUCAGCUGUUUUGCCAAUAAUUGGGCUGGCUGUGUGACAUCAGCCAUACUGUAAGGCCAUUCACAUUGUGUGCAGAGUGCAGGGAUAAGAGAAUAUAACAUAAUGGGACCGAUACUGUAACUCUCUGGUCCACAGGGUUAUGGCCUGAUGGCUCCGACGGGACUGACAUCAACGCAGUCUCCAGGUCCAAUGAGAAGCAGCUACUUGUCACAGGAGACGACUUUGGAAAAGUCUGCCUUUUCUCAUACCCCUGCUCCCAAUUCCGGGUAAGAUACAAAAAUGAGUUAGAUAUAUAAAUUGAGAAGAGCCUGUAAAGAUUAUAUGAGCCCAUUGGUUGAGUUUUAUUUCUCCUUCCAGGCUCCCAGUCAUGUCUAUGGCGGACACAGCAGUCAUGUGACCAAUGUGAACUUCCUGUUUGACGACAGUUGCCUGGUUUCCACUGGGGGCAAGGACAUGAGUGUCAUGCAGUGGCGA